AAGAGACAGACAGCCCACAGACAGACAGGCAGGCAGCCCACCGACAGACAGACAGACAGACAGCCCACCGACAGACAGACAGACGGACCGUGGGAGCGAGCGGACCUGAAGCGGAGGGAAGUCUCCGGGCGGCCCAGACACACGACACGACGGACUCCGACCGUCCAGAAGAAGAAGAAGAAGAAGAAGAAGAAGGAGAAGAAGAAGAAGAAGAAGAAGAAGAAGCCCCGUGUGAACCGACUCCAAAGUGCGGGGGAAAGAGAAGUUCUGCUCCCUCCUCCUCCUCCUCUUCCUCCUCCUCCAACCAAAGUGGGAGAGUGAUUGGAGUUGACAAGCUCCGCUCCACUACUGUAUCUCCUCCUCCUCCUCCUCCUCUUCCUCCUCUCCCGCUCCACACAAACCAGGAAGUCGUCGAGGUGUGCUCCUUUAUCCCGCCGGUGGCUGGCUAACCCCCACCCACCGCACCGCACCCCACCUACCUACCGCUGUCUGCGGAUGUAGAUGCGCUCGUUUCGUCGCCGAUCUCUUUUCUCGGAGGUACAUUUUUUUCUUCUUCCCCCGUCGAGUGACUCGUGGAGCCGGGGGGGGCCCUCCGCGCUGAAGUCCGGACAAACUUGCCGAGGAGGAGGAUCGUCUCCACCACUCUGGCCGAACAAUGAGUGAGUCGAGUAUUUGCCAGGCUCGGGCCACUGUGAUGAUCUACGACGAUGGCAACAAGAAGUGGUUGCCGGCCGGCGCCGGGGCGCAGGCCUUCAGCAGAGUCCAGAUCUACCACAACCCCACCAACAACGCCUUCAGGAUAGUGGGACGCAAAAUGCAGACGGACCAGCAGGUGGUUAUAAACUGUCCAAUCGUGAGAGGGCUCAAGUACAACCAGGCCACGCCCAAUUUCCACCAGUGGCGAGAUGCGCGGCAGGUGUGGGGGCUCAACUUCGGCAGCAAGGAGGACGCCGCCCUGUUCGCCAACGGCAUGGCUCACGCCCUGGAGGUGCUCACCUCCAUGUCGGACGCAGGCUACGCAACCCUCCCCCGCCCCGUGUCCAACGGUCCAACUCCAGAGGAGCUGGAACAACAGCGGAGGCUGGAGCAGCAGAAGCUGGAGCAGCAGGAGCGAGAGCGACAGGAGCGAGAGCGACAGGAGCGAGAGAGACUGGACAGAGAACGACAGACGGCUGCAGUCCCUAUUCCUCCACCUCCGCCGUUGGCCCUUGGAGGCUGCGCUCCACCAGCCCCUCCUCCACCCCCUGCCCCCCCUGGCCCCCCUCCGCCAGCAUCUAAUAUCCCUCCCCCUCCGGGACCACCUCCCGGACCUGGACCUCCGCCGGCCCCGCCGCUGCCCUCUGCUGGAGGAGGAGGUGGUGGAGGAGGAGGUGGAGGUGGUGGGGGAUUAGCAGCUGCUUUAGCAGGAGCUAAACUACGCAAAGUAUCGAAGCAGGAGGACGGCGGCCCUGCAGCUUCACUGGCCCGAGGCGACUCCAACCGCAACAGCAACUCCAGUAUUGGAGGGGGAAGUGGUGGAGGAGGAGGAGGAGGAGGAGGAGGAGGAGGAGGUGGGGGAGGCGGGGGAGGCGGUCUGAUGGGUGAGAUGAGUGCCAUCUUGGCCCGAAGGAGGAAAGCUACAGACACUGGGGAGAAGCCACCAGUGAAGCCACAAGAGAAUGAUGAUUCAGAGCCUCAAGGUCAAAGCGACACGCUGAGAAGACCCUGGGAAAAAUCGUCUAUGGCCAGGAAUAACUCCGUCAUCAAGAGCGUGGACUCCACUCCCUCAUUGUCCCAAGGUUCCAGAGGGAAGCCUGCAGGCAACAGCAACGACGCAGGUGGAAUGGACGACUCGGAUUUAGAGAAAAUGAAACAGGAGAUUCUCGAGGAGGUGCGGAAAGAACUUCAAAAAGUCAAGGAGGAAAUUAUUGGAGCCUUUGUUCAGGAGCUGCAGAAGAGAGGCACAUAGUUCUGCUGAGCGUCAGGUGUAACUGAGGGAGGUGAUGGAUGGAGGCGGUUGAGGCCCGAUGGGACCUCGACCUCCACUGCGCUCCUCCCAUGUAGCCCAGGGAUUUCUCUUUUUCACCUUCACAUCUUCUCUCUCUCUCUCUCUCUUCUCUCUCUCUCUCAUACUCACUUCAUGUAAAUGAUAAUCCAGGGAAACCUCCUCACGUCGUAACGAUCGCUCGCUGCUGGCAGAUUAUUGCGGAGCGGUGAUCCCCAUCCAUCCCGUGUGUCUUCCCCUGUUCAUUUCCCCCCCCCCCCCGGCAGUUUCUCUUCCGUCACGGCAGUUUCUCUUCCGUCACGUUCUUCUCGUCAUCACGUUACAAAAACCCUUCCUCUCCCGCCUUCUGCUGUCAGACACACCAUUUACUGAUAGAGCAGUCUUCAGUAUUCAGGGACAACUUAUUAAGUCACAUCUUUUCUUUUUUUACUGUAAUAGAAAGAUGCUGACAUGCUGGGAUCCAAUUUUUUUCCCCCGUUUUCGCUUGAAACACUGCUACAGAUGAUUCAGCUCAGACAUCCUCUGGCAGUUUGUGGCCUCGGACGGUGGUUAAAAGGUGGAUUAAACAAGAACAACGGAGAAUGGAUCAGACACGCACCUCCUCCCCUGACAGCUGCAGUGACUCUCUAAGACUAAGAAACUAAAAACAGCACAACAACGAGCCCUCGCUGGCGCGAGACAGGAGACGGAAGAGGAAGAGGAGGAGCAGGAGGAGCAGGCCGAGCCGAGGGGGGAAUUUUCACGAGACGGACCCGAUUGCUGUGAAAGAGGAGUGCGUUUAAAUGUUGUGUUGAGAAAUUGAUUCUCUUUUGCAUUGCACUUGAUCCAGAGGAGGAAGUGUGUCUGCGUGCCACACCGCCUUGACAGACUAUUUUCCCUCUUCCUACUUACAAAAAAAAAAAAUGAGACAUUUAUUAUUUUGUUGGCCCGGUGUCGGAGGUUCUUCUUCCUGCACUGUGCUUCCACUAGUCAUUUUUCUUUCCAUUCUAGCUAUUUCUAACUUUGAAACAUGAAAACAUGGCCAUGAUGAGGUCAAUUAAUUUGGCCAUGACCAACUGCCUUGAGAAUAAAUAUAUAUAUAUAGAUUAUAUAUAUAUAUAAGGAAAAUAUAUAUUUGUUUUGAGGGACAAUGUUAGGAAAAAAAUUGAAAUGGUGUUUCUAUUUUAAUUGAAGUGACUGGUGAAAGGGGAUUUUUUUUUUGUUUUCCUUUUUCCUUUUUUUUUUCCAAUGAUUGUUUUCUUAUGAAAUGUUAUUUUUUGGGUUUACUGUUUCUUUUUCUAAUAGAGUCUAGGCUUUUUACACUGAAAUGUUAAGAAAACAGCUUAGAGACACUGGAUUAGAAAAAUUGCCUUUAUAGUCGAAUACAGCUGCUUCUCGAAACGCA